CGAGAGGAAGCCAACCGCCACCCGAUCACUCCCGCCCCGCCCGCAACCACCACCGCGGCGGCGCGCCAUGGCCUCCGUCGCCGCCUCCCCCGCCUCCUGCUCCUGCUCCACAGUGUUCGCCUCCUCCUCCUCCACUCCCAUCCGAACGCCUCGCCCGUCUCUCCGCCCGCUGCCGCGCCGCGCCAGGCUACCGCUUGCCGGCCGCUCGGUGUUGAGGUGCCUCCCGAAAUGCGACUCGGGGAAGCUGCCGCCGCCGGUUGGAGGAGGCGCUGGGCUGUCGAUUCGGAAGGCGGCUGAGCCAGCGGGUCGGGGAGGGUUCCGAGCCGCGAGAUUCGAUGCAUCGUGCGGGCUCGCGUUCGCGACGGUGGCGGGGGUGCUCAUGCUCCAGGGGACGCAACAGGCGAUGGCCGCCACGCAGUUCGGGGGUCUGCAGCCGGCGGACGUACUGGGGGAUCUCGGGGACCUCAGUACAGGUUUUGCUUCAGCUUUCCUGUUGAUCUUCUUUUCUGAGCUAGGGGACAGAACGUUCUUCAUUGCGGCACUUUUAGCAGCUAGAAGUUCUGGAGCAGUCAUUUUUCUUGGCACAUUUGGAGCUCUUGCGGUAAUGACAGUUAUUUCUGUAGUUCUUGGUCGAGCAUUCCACUAUGUUGAUGGAAUCAUUCCAUUUGGCUUUGGUGGUACUGAUUUCCCAGUUGAUGACAUCGCUGCUGCUUGUCUCUUGGUUUAUUAUGGGGUUACUACAUUACUUGAUGCAGCUUCAGGUGAUGAUGAAAAGAUCAACGAGGAACAGGAGGAGGCUGAGUUAGCAGUAUCGAAAUUUUCUGGAAACGGUGCGGGGGUCAUGUCUGCUGCUGGUACUAUAGCUAGCACAUUUGUAUUGGUUUUUGUUGCAGAAUGGGGUGAUAAAUCAUUUUUCUCUACAAUUGCACUUGCUGCAGCUUCAUCCCCUCUGGGUGUCAUUGCAGGAUCACUUGCUGGUCAUGCUGUUGCAACAUUGAUUGCAGUUCUUGGUGGUUCUUUGCUGGGAACAUUCUUGUCUGAAAAGAUUAUAGCAUACAUUGGAGGGAGCCUAUUUUUAGCUUUUGCUGCCAUUACUAUAGUUGAGAUUGUGACUUGACUAGGAGUUCCAACAUCCAUAAUUGAUCAACAAGUACCAAAAGGAACUUACAUCCUUCAAGUGGAACAUCCCCAGCUUGCAUAGAAACGUUUGCUGUUGGUGAUGAGAAUUUAUUCUUCCUUAUCCAAGACAAUGUUUCAUCAGCAUGAUUUGUAGUCGAAGCACUACAGGUCGUACAUUUUGGAGCGGAAGAUGAGAUUGGGAGAAGAUUUGUGGAUUCCAUGAAGCUAUUUCAUUUCCUUUCCUUAGAUUAUUUACACGUAUAUCAGUAGAAGCAUUGUAAAGGCAAGAGUCAUAUUAGACCACACUGAGGUUGAAUCCCAGAAACUCUGAUGCACCUGACUGAACUUUUCCAGGCUUUCUGUCGAGUACAGUGUUUCUUCUCUUUUUUUUUUUCUGUUUUCCUCAGUACAAAGAGCAAGAUGAUAAAUAAUUUAUUGCCGGUGGCUGAAACUACUGGCUGAUGUA